GCUGCACACAGAUCUACAUUUUUAUUCAUUUUAAUUCAUCUCAGAGUUUCCAGCAUGUCGGCUCCCGAGAGGCUGCAGGAGAUUUUUAACAACAGCACUGAGAAAAACACCACCGGAGCAAAAGACUGGACUGAGGUGUAUGAAGCCGUCAGGUGGAUCCAGCUCGUCAUGGCUCUGCUCAGUGUUCUGGGUUCAGGCUCCAUCAUCGUCUGUCUGAUGUUACAGAGACUCAGCCGCACGCCCGAGCUGCAGCCUCUGUUCCUGCUCAGUGUGUCCGAUCUGCUGCUCGCUCUGUGCUGGCUGAUCGCAGCCGCUCUGUUCUCUCAACGCUGCAGCAGCCUGAACACACACUGCUACCACUUGCACACUGUGGAGCAGGCUCUCUACAUGGCCUCCUUCUUCUACACACUCAACUAUGUGUUUGACCUCUACACCGGGAUCAGAGAGAAGUUCUACAGCUGCAUGAAUGGAUUCAUACAGGUUUCCAACAGAGUGAGCACCGCCGGUAAAAUCACUGCGCUGCUUUCAGGUCUGUUUCCUGUGCUGCUGAUGACGCCUGUCUUUAUACUGGGAGGCAUCAACCACUGUCAAACCAACUUCAGCCAGCCCUACAGGUGUCUGCUGAUGCACACCGGAGCGCUGUUUCUUACCUCAGAGCACCAGCUGCCAAUGGGACCCUGCAGAAGGCUGCACUCCUUCCGCAUCGCCAUCUUCCUCGGCACCUUCCUCCUCACACUUCUCAGCAUCACAGUGCUCGUGGUUAAAGCCCGUCGCAUUUACAGGCGGGUUGUGACGGCAAACGGUUACCUAGGCAACCAGCAGCGGGCCUCCUUCCGUGUGAUGGAUCGGCGGAUGCUCCUGUACCCGCUGGUCUUUGUCCUCUGUUGGGGUCCAGCGGUGGGUCUGGCAUUUCUUCGGGUGGUGAAGCCCUCAGCAGGUCAGGGCGAGGCCUGGGUCGCCCUCUACAUAUCUCAGGCUUUCACCUCGGCCUCUCAGGGUUUCCUCAACUGUCUGGUCUACGGAUGGACUCGUGCACGUCUCCGGCAAGCUGGCAAGAUGGUUUUAUCUCGAGACGCUGACACUCAGACACCUCUGCUGAGAUCUCAGAGGAACAGAGGCUACCAAACACUCCGCACUGGCUGAAAGACGCAGGGGAGAAGUGACAGUGAAACUGAAAGUGAAACUGAGCAGGUGCAGCAAAGACUCAAGCGAUAAGUCUGAACUUUCACUUUCACUGACAGGGGAAAACACCACAGCUGAGCGUCUACAGGGGACAAAGACUUCCACCUCUGAUCCUGAACCACUGACGUGAGAAAAAAGGGAAGAAGAAGAAGCAGGGGGACUUUACGUUGAGAAAUACAGAGACAAAGAAAACAGGAUUUGAGAAGGAUGUGACUGCAUUGACUCUGAACUGACAGACCUCACAGGUGGUUUGUUUUAAUGUCACUUUCCAGGUCACAUGACUCCUGUGGGUCAGUGUCUGGAGGUCCAUUUAGCAGGUUAUUCAUCCGAAGCUGAGCUGAAAAAGGACAAAAAGAAAAUAUAUUUUACAUUUAUAUUUGUAAUGCAUUAGAGGUAGAAAGUGAUUUUACAGUUUACAUGAACCAGAGAAAAGAAGCACUUCAUUUGUUUUAAUAUUCAAAGGCCACUAAACUUUCAGAUUAAUAUUAAGACAAAAAGUGCAUUGGAUAUGUGGUUGUGUCAAGUUUGAUACUAUUGUUGAAGCCCAGCGCUGCUCUUAUCCUGCAGGUUACAUAAAGGUUAAAGGGAUUUAGGGCCUGAGUUUAAACAAAGAAAGCUGGUUUAUACAUUUUGUGAUAACUGAAGCAACCUGAAUUUCUUUUUAUAGGAUGCUUGGUAGUGAUUAAAGCUGGGUGUGCAGUUUUAUUUUGGUGUCACUGGGUAAAAGUCCCAUAAUAAACUGAGCUUAUUGUAAUUCAAAUGGUCUGAGAGAAAACUAGACUUCUGCUCCUCCUCUUGGCUCUGUUUUCAGGCUUAAUGAAGUCUAGCUGUGAUGGGAGACUCCAAAAUCACAAUCACGGGUCAUUUCAGAGAGGUGGUGUUCUCCACACCAGCAGGCAGCGGUCAUCUGUUUUCUUUAUUAAAAGUGAAACCGGAAGACUAACAGGACGGAUCAAAGACGCCAGUAGGCACAUUAACAACAUAACUUGAAGUUUAUAGAACAGAGCAUAUUUACCAUGAAAUGUUUCUGAUACAGAGCUCAGUGGCUAAAAACAUAAUCAUACCUAAUACAACAAGUUUGUUUUGGUCUCACUCCCUCUUGACUUAAGCUGUUUGUUUACUUUCCUCACUUCUGUUUCUCUUCUCGUGUGACAGUCAGAGGGAUUUCAUUCAACAUGCUGAAUUGGCUGACAGAAAGCCGACAAGGGACGUACUGCAAAGACAAGGGCAACAGAUGCUCACCGAUGGCCCGAAAUUGACCAACGGUUGAUCGUUGGCUUGUUGUGUCAGAGCCUUUAGACCUUGCACUGUUGCUGGCUGCCAGCCCGCUGUGACACCCGGUACUGAGGGAUUUUUGCUGGGUGAAUUUGAGCCGCUAAAGCUGCCAACCAAAGGUCCGUCUCUGGAGCUGCUGCAGGGGACCACAUCUGGUGGGAGGGGCUUAGGACAGAGCUGCAGGAUGAGGGUCUAUUUUCAAAUUCUGCCAUUGUUUUGCAUUUCACAAAUUUGUGGUCACUGAGCUUUAAGUUUGUUUUUUCUGUCAGUACUGGCUGUGUUACUUUUGUCAUGUUGGUUAAACCUCUGCAUGAUUUCUGCUUCCCAAAGAUUUCAAAGUGUUGUGCGGCAGAAACAUUUUUUACAGUUGUUUGACUCAGCACCUGAAGAAGAUUCAUAGUACAUGUGUUUUGCACACUGAUUGGUUAAAGCUCUGCAGUCACGCUACUGAAUGGACUCAACGUUUACAUUCUGAGCUGUUUGUUUCCUUUUGUUUGGUCAAAUUAUAAUGAAAGUAUCUUCAGUUAUGAAAAUGAUUUUUGUGUGUGACAGAUUUCAGUAAAGCAGAGACAGCAGUUCUGUUGUGACUUGACACGAUGAAUGAAAGGAGCCUUCAACUGUCAGAAUCUACAGAAAUGACGAGGACGUGUUUUCCCUCUUGGUUGUCGCCCUGCGUUGCUGCAGACCAACCGUGCAGAAAUACAGUGAGGCCAUCACACCACAUGAUCACCGCUUCCCUCACAGAGACGCUGGCGCCUGACGCACAAGCCUGACCUCACUCAUUAUGUGAUGCGGUGUCCAGAGGGGGGGACUCCGCUUCCCCCCACCAAUUCUCUUGCUGUGGGCAUUUCGCCAGAAUCUACAGGAGAACAAUGAAUUUCCUCUUCAAUCAGACUUCAGCUUAACUGAAAUACUGAAGAUGAUAAUGUCACUGCAGGAAGCUGUCCGUGCAGAUAAAUCCAAAUUGAAAUCAGUGAAAUGAGAUGUCAACCUUUUGUGUGUGGUCUCUGCAAAACAGAAAACUAUUCAUUCAAAUGAACCUCGAUUAACAUCAGAUAUCAAGAUACUGUGGAAGGUACAAAACAUCCAGUGAUAAUAACAAAGUGACAGCAGCUGUACUAAAAGUUUUA